AUGGCUAAGAAGAGCAAAGGUUCGAAUAAAGAGAAGGGGUCCAAGUCCAAAGGGAGCAAAGACGCCGCCAAGAGCAAAUCCAAAGGAAGUGGGAAAAAGGUGGUUGAAGAGACUUCGCCCGUUGACGUCGCUGUACAGACCUGUCCUAACAACUUCUGCUAUCUCUGCUGCUUUCAACUCCACGAUGCUGCUGCUAUCCAAUCUCACGUUCUUCUCCUCUCUCAUGCAUCUCAAAAUUUAGGUGAUACUGACCUCAGCCACCUAUGUCGCCUCUGCCGCGAACGGAUUCCCCUCAAAUGGGGCCCUACACACAAAUGCUGCAGUUUAAAGACCUCUUUCAUCAUCCGUAACACAUCGGUUCCCGUUCUUAAAGGAGGAGCACCCUUUCAGUGUCUCUUUUGUCGAGGAAGAGCUUUAAAAUCGCGCAGUGAUUUGGUGGUUCACCUCCUUGCCUUUCAUCGGCCUGACCGUCCAAGAGGGCAGUGUGGACUAUGUGAUUUUCACUUUGAAGAAUCGCCUCCACAGCCAUCAAAUACGAAGAUUCCACCUCCGCCACCGAACGCGGAUUUUGAGACUGUAAAACAAUACAGAAUGGCCCUUAGAGACGCUGAACUUAGUGAGUUGCUCAAGCCAGAGUCUGCGGAAUUGAAGAUGGGAGAAAUUAAGCUUGAACAACAUUGUGCUAACGACCAUAGUCCCAUUUAUCGCAUUAUUGCCCGCGAAGCCGUACAAGAAUGCACGCAUCUGCGUGAACCUUACACCUGUUUUCUUUGUCGCAGAACUUACAGAACUAAUUGGGAUUUUCACGCUCACGUGCUCUGCCGGCAUGGCCUGAAAUCGGAGCUGAGGGGACGGCUCCUCACUUGUGCCAUGUGCGGCGAGGCUAGCACCUCCGAGGAAGGGUUCGACAAACACGUCUUCACUAGGCAUGCUCAUGCUCCACGGUGUUUAGCAGAUUAUUGGACAAAAAAUGAAUUAUUGCAGGAAUAUGUUUGCUGUGCCACCACAUGUGCUACGUGUUGGGAGAUCUACAAAGAAGAUUUUGAAUUACAAGCGCACAUCCUUGUAGCUCAUACUGCACCACGAUUCCUGCAAUGUGGAUUGUGCAAUAUGGAUUUUUCUAGUGGAUUUGAGACAAUGGAUGGAUUUUUGGUCUUCCUUAGCCAUGAGCAUAAUCAUGCUAGGAGUCUGCAUGCUGUGGCUUUGGAGCUACAUAUGACAGCGAAGCCCAUGCCACCGGCACUGCCGGAUGACAUGUCAGAGGAGGCAGUAAAAGCGGCUUUGAAGGCUUUGGGAGGUGGAGGUGGGGACGAGGAUGCGAACACCGGAAAGUCCAAGGGGAAGGAAAAAUCAAAAAGCAAGAGUAGCAAGGAGAAAGGGUCCAAAUCCAAGAAAAACGACUCCUCCAAGGGAGGAAAGAGCAAGGGGAGCAAGAAGAAGUAG